UAGCUCAUUAUCAGGCAGCCAUUUUGGUCAACACCCACUCUGCUGUCUGUCAGAGGAGCAGCGACUCACACAACCAAUCCUGUGAGGGCUAGCCGAACGAGAGGGGCAGAGGCAGAGCCAACCAAAGGAGAGGCUGUCAUUCCAGCAGAGCAGAGACCUAGCGUUGUCAUCCCAGUACCCAGGCCGCGCCCAGGCAGAGAUCUAGCGUUGUUACCCCAGUACCCAGGCCGCGCCGCAGAGGAAAGGAGGAGAGGGCAGGGCUGCAGCUUUUUGUUGAGACAGAUGCACACUGGUGGCUUUUCUCCCCAGUUCUCUGUAAAAACAAACGGGAGUGAGUGAAGAGGGGGAGGAGGCACGGAGAGGAAGACGAGAAUUAACACCAUCCAUCCUUUUUUUUCUAUCUGGGAAGACUGCGGAGUGCUUCUCUUCUCUCUUUUCAUUCCUGUUCUUAUUGUAUCUGGGAAGACUGCUGUCGUUCGGCACAGAGAUUUUCUCUUCCUUUUCAUUCCUAUUGUAUCUGGGAAGACUGCUGUCGUUCGGCACAGAGAUUUUCUCUUCUCUUUUCAUUCCUAUUGUAUCUGGGAAGACACAAAUCCUCUCCAUCCCCCUCUUUGCGGCCUUAGUUGCCGUUUGUCUCUCAGCCCUCUAUUCGCUGAGUCAUCAUGGCAGACGUUACGCCUCAGGCCGAUGCCCCGACCCCCACCACCGACAAGAUCACGCAGGCCGCCCGGGAGACCAUCUACUUGUGUAACUUCCGCGUGUCGGUGGACGGAGAAUGGCUCUGUCUCAGGGAGCUGAACGACAUCUCCCUCACCCCAGACCCAGAGCCAGCCCACGAAGAUCUGAUGAACAUGGCUAAGCUGAGCAUCAAGGGUCUGAUUGAGUCGGCCCUGAACCUGGGCAGGACCCUGGACUCUGACUACGCUCCGUUACAGCAGUUCUUCGUGGUCAUGGAGCACUGCCUCAAACACGGACUCAAAACCAAGAAGACGUUCCUGGGGCAGAACAAGUCUUUCUGGGGGCCCUGGAGCUGGUGGAGAAACUCACCCCUGAGGCUGGUCAAAGACCUGCCAGGACUCAAAACCCCGUUAGGAAGAGGGCGGGCCUGGCUGCGAUUGGCCCUGAUGCAGAAGAAGCUGUCAGACUACAUGAAGACCAUCAUCAACAGAAAGGACCUGCUCAGUGAGUUCUACGAGGCCAAUGCUCUCAUGAUGGAGGAGGAGGGAGCCGUGAUCGCCGGGCUGCUGGUUGGGUUGAACGUCAUCGAUGCCAACCUCUGUAUGAAGGGAGAAGACCUGGACUCACAGGUCGGGGUGAUAGACUUCUCUAUGUAUCUUAAGGAUGGAGGUCACAGCAGCAAGACUGUAGAAGGGGAUGGCCAGAUCACAGCCAUCCUGGACCAGAAGAACUACGUUGAGGAGCUAAACAGACACCUGAGUGCUUCCGUCAACAACCUGCAGGCCAAAGUGGACACUAUGGAGAAGUCCAACACCAAGCUCACUGAAGAGCUUGCAGUCGCCAACAACCGGAUCAUCACCCUACAGGAGGAUGUGGAACGAGUCAAGGAGGAGAGCUCCUACCAGCUAGAGUCCAGUCGCAAGGCGUCGCGGUCAGGGGACGGCUUGGCAGACGGCCAGGUGCUGGGAGAGGCACGCAAACAGCUUAAGGAGGAAACUCUGCUACGAUUGGAUGUAGAGAAGGAGUUGGAGGUUCAGAUUGGUAUGAAGCAGGAGAUGGAGCUGUCUAUGAAGAUGUUAGAGACGGAUAUGUGUGAGAAACAGGAUGCUUUGGUGGAACUACGACAACAGCUGGAUGAUCUUCGGACCCUCAACCUGCAGCUCGCGCAGAAGUCCCAGAGCUCGGAGGUGAGCGCCAAGCAGAAGAGUGAGGUCAUCAGUCGCCUAGAGGAGAAGACCAAUCAGAUGGCUGGGACUAUUAAACAGCUAGAGAUCAGAUCCCGUCAGGCGGAGAGGGAGCGGGACCAGGCUCGGGAGGAUCAUAAACUGUUUAAACAGGAGUUUGGAGACAAGAUAGACUCUCUACAGCUGGAGGUGGAGCGCCUACGGAAACACAGAUGGAGUCUGGAGCAGGAGCUGAGGAGGGAGCGAGAGCAUGGAGGUGGUGGCCUGUACAUACACCCUGGGGAGAAGAGGGCCCCAACACCACAGGGAGACCCCAGACAGGUGGACGACAUCAGGAAGGAACUUGAGGCCGUCAAAAAGGAGAAUGAGCAACUAUGCAACAUGUUGGAGGACAAGAGCAGUCUGGGUUCAGACAUGUCACAAAAUCAGGAUGAACAGGACCAGUCUUGUCUUGAGAUCCACCAGGCAUCCAUCUGCUCUCUAUGUGAACAGGACGAGUCCAUGACUAAGACCAAGAGACGGUGUGCUAACUGUCGAGGGGUGUUCUGUGACCGCUGUCUGACCAAUGAGCUUCCUCUUCCCUCUUCCAUCAACCCUGAACACGUCUGUGACGCCUGCUACUCUCAGCUACUGCAGCAGUAUGCAUCCAGCCCAUCCUGAGACUCACAUUUCCUCGUCUCUCUCUCUGGAAUACAGUGUCAUUCACUGACAAAAUAUCUAAAGGAACAGACUAACAACUUAACUUAAUAUGGAACUUUUUUUGGGGUGCGGUUUGACAUAGAAGUGUGAGUUAUAGAUCUGUCAUUCUCAUUGAAAGCAAAUCAGAAGCGUUCUAUGCUCACCAUUUCUGUUUUUGACAUCUUGCACUUUGUUUUUUUUUUACACCAGCUUGAAACACAAUAUUUUUGGUUAUGGAAAAGAUAUUCCACUGGUUUAGAUUGAACAAUGAUUCUCCACACUAUAUAUGAUUGAUUUGUCACGAACUGAAAUUAGGCCACCUAUUAGAAUUUUAGCAAUAAGGAAAUGGAGUGAUUUCUGUACAGUGCAGCUUCAUGGAAAACUGACUUCUCAUCUCUAAUGGUCUCAGAUGUCUGACGAACUUCAAUGGACUCCAUGAAAAGGGAUAUAUUUUCAUAGCCUGGUCCCAGAUCUGUGUUUAGCAUACGGCAAGGAGGGGAAUGAUUGCACAAACCGUUCUGGUCCCAGGUUGUGUUUUCUAGGAGUCUUUUGCCAUUAGGUAUCUGAACUGAUCAACAGUAUUUAUUCAGUGGAUUUUUACUCAAAACAUUUAUUGUGAAACAUUCAAAGUGGGACUGAUGAAUUGAUAUUUUAUCAGAUAGGACAUUUUGGCGAAACAUUGAACUGUGUUCAAGGCUGAUCUCAACCUGGUGCUUUGGUUUGACAACAGCGGGACAAAAUGCAACAUUUUCUACAACUUUUUAAUUAAGAAAUAAAAAAUUACCAAAAGGGAUUAUAUGCCAGCUCUGUAAUUAUCCGGGUGAUGUUAGAGACUAAAUGAUCUUGAUGUUCUGGAUGAGACGAGAUGUAAAUGUUUCCUUACUCAAUAAUAAACUGAAGUUUUUCCAA